CAAGGGCAUUAUCGUAAACUCAUCAAAACCAAAACCCUAGUUCUUACUCUUCUUAUAUAAUGCUCCUGAUACAUUUUCUGCGGCUUGCAACAUCCCUCUGCUGAAACCCUACCGUCGAGUCGAGAUCCAAUCCGCCAUUUCCAUCAAAAAUGAAGAUUAUCGCUGCUUACUUGUUGGCCGUUUUGGGAGGCAACCAAUCCCCUUCUGCUUCUGAUCUAAAGCAAAUUCUUGGAUCAGUUGGAGUUGAAGCUGAGGAUUGCAACAUUGAGUUGCUCCUAAGUGAAGUCAAGGGCAAGGACUUUGCUGAGCUUAUUGCCAGUGGAAGAGAAAAGUUGGCUUCAGUUCCAUCAGGUGGUGGUGCUGUUGCUGUUUCUGCUGCAACUGGAGGAGGUGCUGCUGCUGCUGCACCUGCUGCCGAAGCAAAGGAAGAGAAGAAGGUGGAAGAGAAGGAAGAAUCCGAUGAUGAUAUGGGAUUCAGCUUAUUCGAUUAAAAGGACUGAAGUAAUCUGUGUGUUAGACAUUUGUUGUUUUAGUUAUAGCUUUUUUGUCAACUAUCAAGAUUUUGCUUUUACAUUUGAGACAAUGUAAUGACAUCGAGAUUAGUUAUGUUUUUGAAUUUAAUUUGCGUUAUGGUUGUGUUUUUUAUUUAUC